AUGCAUAAUUACGGACAUAUUGAUGGGGAUAGUGGAUUGAUGACAUCAUAAUUCCAUCUUGGGGAUUCUCCUAAGGCCAUGAUAGAUUACAGUCAUAGUGAAAGAAUUGAAACUUUAGUUUAGAAAAGCAUUAUGCAAACAGAGAUUAGAAAACGUAGAACAGGAGAAUCCUAAAGUCUUAUAGAACACUCGAAUAUGCAAUUAAAUGGUCAUCUAUUACCUUAAAUUACUUUAAAUUGUUAAUCUCCAGCAGUAUUUGAUUAGAUAGCACUUGAACUUAAAUAAUAGUAAUUUAUAUUUGUUAAUAUUUUAAGUAAUUACACUUGUAUUAUGAGAGAAGCUAAUUAAAUGAUGUUUCUUUAAACUAAGCUUGAUUCUUUUUGUUAAAAGAUCAUUAAGAAUGUGUGUACUCCAACUUACAUAGCAAGUUAAAGUAACAAUAGCCUUAUUUUGGUUAAAUAUUCAAAAUAGAAACUCAAAAUUGAUGCAUUAUCUGGAGUAAAGAUAAUUAUUAUAAUAAUUAGAAUUAUAAAUUGAAUGAAGAUGUAUUAUUAUCUGUAUGUUUUGUGGUUAAAAGAUAUAAUCAAACACAUAAGGAUUUUGAGCCUGUAGAUGAUAUGAGUCAUAUUAAUCCAUUUGCUAUUACAGCAAUUUCAAUGAAUAGAAUUUAUAUUUAUUUGGAAGACAAUUAAGAGUUUAAAUAAAAGUUGAAUGCUAUUUUAAAAGACAUUGAUUCAAUAGCUAAGCCAAAGAAAUAAUAAUUAUAGAAAUAUAUGCAAGAAAGUUCGUAAUUGGUUCUUGAUACAUUUUAGCAGUUUAAAUAAAAAACAUUGAAAUAUGAUUAUCAAUAUUAUUUGAUGGCAAUAGAGAAAGUAGUGUUUGAAUCGGUUUAUGAUAAGCUAUUUCAUUUUUAUAUUGAUUUCAAUGAAAAGAAUGAAAAUCAAUUUAACAUCAAAAAGUAUUGAUAAAUGAAAAUAGAGAUAAAAAAUUAUUGCCAAGUGUAGUGAACAUGAAACCAUGGAAUUCCUAGAAAUAAAAAAUAAAUAUAGAUUAAAUCAAUAAUAUUGGAAUGGGAUUGCUGAAUUAAAUAAAGUGGAUAAAUCUACAAAUCCAAGAGAUAAACUUAGAUCAAUAUAAUAAAUGAUAUGUCUAAUAAAAUGUAUAGAUUUUAAUAUAUAAUAUGAUUAGCUAUAAUAUAUGAAAAUAGUAAUUGUGAAUUAUCAACAAUGGAUGAUGAAUUACCAGUUAUGAUUUACAUCAUCUUAUAUAGUGAAUUUUAGAAUAAAUUUGCAUCUAUUCAUUAUGUGGAUGAUUUUUGUAAUACUGAUCCCACAAUUGAAACUGAGAAAAGAACAGUAACUACUCUUAGAGUUUCUUUAGAGUAUAUUGCUAAUGAUUGGUAAAUUUGA